AUGGAUGUUUGUCUGAUUAAGAAGCAACUUCAAUCCACUGCACCCUUGCCGUUGGUAUUCAUUCCCGAGGAACUCAUAGCUGAAAUCCUAUCCUUGCUUUCAGUUAAAACUAUAUCGCGAUUCAAAUGCGUGAACAAGUUAUGGAACACACUCAUCUCUGAUCCAACCUUCGUUGAUAAGCAUCUUAAGAAGUCAUCACAAAAACAACAUCUCAUUGUAGUAUGGAGGGAUACCAGAGAUUUAAUUAUGGUACCAUUCCCAUUGUAUGAUUUACACCAAAAUCCAUCCAUCACUCGUUGUUUGAAUGACGACUACUAUACCGUUGGAACUUGCAAUGGAUUGAUCUGUUUGUAUACUAAAUCUCUCUACAAAGUAUCAAGGUCUGUUGAGUAUAUGGAGUACUCAAUCCAUUUGUGGAAUCCUUCCACCAGAAAAAAAUCUGAAAAACUAGUGUCUUUUAGUUAUUUUAGUUAUAACCUGAAAAAGUUUUUUAAAUUUGCAUUUUGUUAUGAUGAUUCAAAAAAAACUUACAAGGUUGUGGCUUAUCAUAUUCAGUCUUGUACCAAAAGUGAGGUUAAAGUUUUCAGUUUGGUUGGUAAUGUUUGGAGAAACAUUCAAAGUUUUCCGGUGGUUCCUCUUAAUUGGACAUAUUAUGAAACCUGUCCUUACAAUGGUGUGCAUUUGAGUAACACUAUUAAUUGGUUGGCUAUUAAUGAGUAUUCCUAUUCUUCUUACCAAUACAGGGAUAUUACUCACGUUGAACAAAUUGUGAUUAUUUCACUUGAUCUUUCGACUGAGACAUACAAAGUGUUGCUUAUGCCUCAAGGUUUAGUUGAGGUACCAAGGAUUCAGCCGGUUGUUAAUGUUAAUGUUUUGAUGGAAUGUCUUUGUUUUUCUCACCAAGUGGAAGAUGAAUUUGUUUUAUGGCAGAUGAAAGAGUAUGGAAUUCAGGAAUCUUGGAGUCAAUUAUUUAAGAUUAGUUAUCAAAUCCUUCCCAUGGAUUUUAAAGAUGAACGGUUUCGAAUGGCUUGCAUAUAUAAAAAUGGUGAUAUGGUGAUAUUUGUCAGUGAUUGUCACUACGAUAAAGUGAUAUAUAAUUUGAGAGAUAAAAAAGUAGAGACACUUAUAGUUAAUGGCUGCGGGUACUGGUUCGGUCAUGUAAAUGUUUAUGGAGAAAGCUUGGUUGCGUCCUGGCUCUUGGAAAUGGAACUAUUGUGUUGGGAUGAUGCAUGGAUGAGACAAUCGGUUAUAUUUCCUUAA